GCUGCUCCCUCCUCGGCCUUUCUCUUUCCUCGCCUCACAAGCCAUGCUACGCGCCCUGUGGUCCCGCGCCGGCCCUGGCCGGGCCCUGACCGCCGGGCUCCCCCGGCCCCUGGCCACCGGGCCCCCCCGGGCCGCGGCUGUCGCCGCCUACCACACCCACCAGCAGGCCCUGGAGAAGGUGCGCAACAUCGGCAUCAUCGCCCACAUCGAUGCCGGCAAGACCACCUUCACCGAGCGUGUCCUCCUGUACACCGGGCAGCUGGCACGCCCGGGGGAGGUGCACGAUGGCGCGGCCACCAUGGACUUCCUGCCGGCCGAGCAGGAGCGCGGCAUCACCAUCCAGGCGGCCGCCACCACGCUCGGCUGGCGCGACCAGCAGGUGAACCUCAUCGACACCCCGGGGCAUGUGGACUUCGGCUUCGAGGUGGAGCGCAGCGUCCGGGUCCUGGACGGCGCGGUCACCGUGCUGGACGCGGUGGCCGGCGUCCAGGCCCAGACCGUGACCGUCUGGCGCCAGGCCUCCCGCCGGGGCGUGGCCCGCAUCAUGUUCAUCAACAAGCUCGAUCGCGUCGGGGCAAGCAUCGACCGGUCUCUGGCGUCGGCUCGCAGCCGCCUCGGCGCGCGGACCCUGCUCCUGCAAACCCUCAUCGGGGGGGAUGACGCCACCGGGCCCGGCUUUGAUGGGGCUCUCAUCGACCUGGUGCGCCUCGAGUACCAGGCCUGGCAGGACAAGCUCGGCCACAGCAUGGCCGCUCAUGCCCUGGUCCCCGGGCUGCUGGAUUACACCGGCCAGUCCCGGCCCGAGGCGAGCCCCCUGCCGCCGGGGGCCGCUGCUGCCGGGGUCCUGACCCCGGCCGACAUCGCCCUGGCCCUGGCCCAGCGCGCCGAGCUGGUGGAAACCGUCGCCGGGCUGGAUGACACCCUGCUGGAGCUCCUGCUCUCGUACGACAGCGAGGAGGACCUGACGCCGGAGGCCCAGGCGCGGCUGGUGCCUCCGGCCGCCCUGGCCGCCGCCAUCCGCCGGCUGACCCUGGCCAAUCGGGUGACCCCGGUGCUGGUGGGGUCGGCCCUGCAAAAUCGCGGCGUCCAGCCGGUCCUCGAUGCCGUGGUGGAUUACCUCCCCUCGCCGUUGGAGCGGCCGCCGGUUUUGGCCGAGAUCCAGGCGAUGGAGGCGGCUCCCUCGACCGAGGUGAUGUCCAAGCGCGCGCGCGCUGCCGCCGCCUAUGCGGCUGCCAUGCAGGCCAAGAAGGCCGCUGGCGCCGGCAAGAAGUCCGGCAAGCGUGGCGCCGGCCCGGCCUCGGAGGCCGCCUCGGCCGAGCCCCCGGCCCCGGUGGUGGACACCACGCGGUCCUUCACCUCCGACCCGGAGGCGCCCCUCUGCGCCAUGGCCUUCAAGGUGGUGGUCGAUCGCCAGCGCGGCCCGUUGGUUCACGUUCGCGUGUACUCCGGUCGGCUGGAAGCCCGAGAGCAGCUGCUCAUCGGCCGGUCCGGCGUGCGCGAGCGCCCGUCCAAGCUGCUGCGCGUGUAUGCCGACAAGGUGGAAGAGGUGGACGCCAUUUCCGCCGGUGAUAUCGGUGUCAUCGUCGGCAUGAAGGCCACCCGCACGGGUGACACCAUCCUCUCCGGCACCUCGAAGGAGCGCUUCGUCCUCCCCGGAGUCAGCCCCCCGCCGGCAGUUUUCUUCCGCUCGGUGGAGCCCCUGUCGCUGGCCGACGAGGGGGCCCUCAGCGAGGCCCUCGCCUCCAUGGUCCUGGAGGACCCGUCGCUGACGGUUCGCCACGACGCCGAGACCGGACAGACGCUCCUUUGUGGCCUGGGCGAGCUUCACCUGGAGGUGGCCGAAGACCGCCUCCGGCGCGACUACCAAGUCGGCGCCUCCUUCGGCCCGGUGUUGAUCGCCUAUCGCGAGGGCCUGGACUUCGGCCAGGGCGGCCCCGGCGUCAUGCGCCUGCCCUUCGUCGAUGGAGCCGAGGCCAAGGCCGAGGCCAUCCUCUCGGGCCAGGCCUUCGAUGGGGAGGACAGUGACGACGAGUUCGACCUCUUCAACGAGCACCUCCUCCCGCCGCAUGAGGCCGACGGGGUGCCCGGCAGCGGGGACAUGAUCGACCCGGCGGCCACGGCGCCGCCUCUGCGCGACCCCUCACCGCUCGGGGACUUCGACGGGGCCCUGCCGGCCCGAUACCACGUCUUCGACCGGGAAAUCAAUGGCCAGCGCGCGCGUGUGGGCUUCCGCCUGCGCAUGAUGCCCACCCGCUGCGAGGCCAAUCGCAUUUCGGUGGCCCCCCUGUCCCUGGAGGAGCUGGAGCGCUGCCCGAGCACCAUCCGGUCGUAUGGCUACCAGCGCCUGCUGGCCGAGGCGGCCACCUCGGCCCUGCACAGCUCCGGCACCAAGGCCCACUUCCCCCUGGCCCAUGUGCACCUCAUCAUCGACCAGCCCUGGUUCGCCCUGGACGAGGCCCAGGUGGCCCGGCACUUCCCCAAUGCCGAGCCGACCUUCCUGCUGCCGGGCGACGCGCUGGUGCACGCGGCUCGCGGGUGCAUCCUCGAGGGUGUCUCGCACCUGGCUCGUGCCCGGCCGGGGUUCCUCCUGGAGCCGGUCAUGCGCAUGGCCGUCACCGUCGGCAGCCAGGCGGCCUCCCAUGCUGGCAGCGGCCCCAGCGGCUCCGGCGACCUGGUCGGCGUGGUGGUCAGCGACCUGACCGGGCGUCGGGAUGGCCGCAUCGUGGACAUCCGCUCGGCUGCCCAGGACCUGGCCGCGUCCGAGGCCGCCGGCGCCGGGCCGGCCAGCGACACCUACACCACCCAGGUGGAGGAGGGCGAGGGCGCCGGCGACACCAGCUCCAUUGUCGUGGCCUCGGUUCCCCUGCGGACCAUGGUCGGCUACUCGACCGCCCUGCGCAGUGCCACCGGUGGCAAUGCCUCCUUCGAGGCGGCCCUCGAGCGCCUGAGCCGCAUGCCGCACGAGGCCCAGACCCGCGUCCUGCAGGACCUCGGCUACAUCGCGGCCCCCGGGUCCGACGGCGGCUGGGGCGCGGCCCCGGCCACCGCCUACGGUUCGCGCUAGCCGCCGGGCCCCGGCGGGGCGGGGCGGGGCGGGGGGCCCUGCCCAUCCCUGUGCUGCUCCUGUGCGUGCAUCUCCUUGCCACUCUUUCUCCCUCUCCCUCUCUCUUGGUGCACGCAAACACGUCCGCGCAUAUGGAAAAUACACCAAAAUGCCCCA